AAUCGUUUUUAUUCUUUCCGAAAAGAGACCUAGAUCAUAACUAAAAGUCCUUCUCUAAAGUCCUUCUUUACUGCAUUAAAUUAAAUUCCCAGUAGGUGACGCUCUCUGCCAACACGGAGCACAACCCUGCAAUGGGGAGGCACACGUUGACUUGAGUCUAACGACUCCCAUCUCGUCAUCAUUUGUAACCAUAGAGCAUGAAUUACCUCUUGAAGUCAUCAGUGAGAAUUUACGACUGGUCAACAAAAGCACGUGAUUCUCAAACGCACCCCCACCCCCAUAUUUGGCCGCAUACAUAGCAAAAACGAAGUACAGUGCAUUGCUAUAAUUCAUUAAUACAUCAUAAAUCGUGAAGCACAGCGUUAUAACGACCAAGAUCUACAAAUCAAGCCCUCUAAAACAACCUAAAUGAGCUCUUACUUUGUAAACUCGUUCUCAGGGCGCUACCCAAAUGGCCCCGACUAUCAGUUACUAAAUUAUGGAACUAGCAGCAGCGCUAUGAACGCCUCGUACAGGGACUCCGGCACCAUGCAUUCGGGCUCGUACGGCUACAACUACAAUGGGAUGGACCUGACCGUCAAUCGUUCAUCCAAUACGGGCCACUUUGGGGCUGUUGGGGAUAACUCCCGGGGUUUCCAGUCUCCCGCUCCGGAGACGCGGUUCAGGCAGCCGUCAAGCUGCUCGCUGGCGUCCCCGGAGCCGCUGCCGUGCUCCAACAGCGAGAGUCUGGGACCCAAAUGCUCCUCGCCCCCUUCCGACCAGAGCGUCUGCACGACGGGCAGUAACCUCACCAACACCACACAUUUCACUGAAAUAGACGAGGUGAGCGCUUCCUCCGAGACCGAGGAGGGCACCCAUAGAGCCAGCGCCAACCCCGCCGCCCGGACUCAGCAGAAGCAAGAGUCCACUGCAACCUCCACCACCACGGCAUCGAGCGAUGGCCAAGCACCACAGAUAUUCCCUUGGAUGCGGAAACUGCACAUUAGCCAUGAUAUGACUGGACCGGACGGCAAAAGGGCCCGAACAGCAUACACUCGCUAUCAGACGCUAGAGCUGGAAAAGGAGUUCCAUUUCAAUAGGUACCUUACCCGGAGGAGGAGAAUAGAGAUAGCCCACGCGCUGUGCCUCUCAGAACGGCAAAUAAAGAUCUGGUUCCAAAACCGAAGGAUGAAAUGGAAAAAGGACAAUAAACUGAAGAGCAUGAGUCUGGCUACUGCAGGUAACGCUUUCCAGCCAUAGACGUCACGCAAGUAAAUAAUACACUACGAGGGGUGAAAAGAAUACACACAUUCAAAAUAGUUUUUAAAAACACUAUAACUGAGUACUGUACAGCGCGGCAUCUUUUGGCAUGUUGUUGAUGUUUUAGGGCAACUUAACUUAUACUGUGGUACUGCUUCUAUAAAAACAGUUCAUAUUCAUAUGUUGUUGUCUUUUUAAUACAACGGUGAUUAUUGUUUGGAGGGGGUAAAAAAGAAAAAUAGCUAUCAAUGCCGCCCGUUGUUAUUGUUAUAAAUAUCGUUUAUGUGUCAAGUGCUAUGUUACUGCUUUCUUGAAAGUUGGCAUGUGAGCUCUUAAAUGUUAUAACUUAUUUACAAACUAUAACGAACAUACUUUACGAGUUUACAUCUUUAGACUCCUCUGCCCAAACAUGAAGUUAAGCUAUUUUAGACAGGCCCCUGUAUUGCUUUAGCAGGAGUCACGGUGUGUUAUAUAUGAUCACCUUCAUGUUUUCAUACCAUUGUUUGAAUCAUUUCUUUGGAUUAUUGUGUCAUGUGUUUAAAUUACUCAUUUAUUUUUUGAAAAAAGGGAAACUUGUAUAUACAAAAUUGUGACUAGAAUUCCCGUAUCCGUUCAUACGUGUGUAUAGUUAUAUUCCAAAUGUAAUUGUAUAUUAUUGGAUCAUGCUUAUGUUCCAGAAAGGAUGUAUAUAUUAGACAUUUUUCAUGUGACCAAUUGGCUAUUUGUAUUGGGCAGAGUGAAUGACAAGUGUGUGGGGGAAAAUGACAAUUGUCAUGUCGGACUGCCUGUAAGCAUUCUGCCAAUAAGCUUUUUGGAUUUGUUUGUAGCUUACCUUGGAGUACAAAAUAAAGUUCCUCAUACUCAGACCAAACCCCUCGAGCACACUGCUUGUAAUUCUCUACCCCCUGCCUACCUCACAAACGACCCAGCUGGGGUCAAACACGCAUCUCCCAGACCCCCUGUCUACCCACUGUCCAAACCUGGUGGACAUGUAUCCUGUUUUGUACGGCAUCAGCUGUCAAUUCGUCUCAAAACCUUAUCAAAAUACUUCGGGAAUAUGUCUUCCACAAAUGCAGUCGGCCAAAUGAUAGGCUGGAGUUAAGUCAUAAAUGGAACAAUCGCAGAUACGCAUUACGCACAAGGACAUAGCCACUACUGCAGUCAUUCCCAUGUUUAAAAUGCAACCUGAGGGACAUGUGGCAAUCCCAAAGACAAAAAACAACUGAAACUCAACUAAAAUACACACCGAGCACACACUCUUGGCCCAUCUCUUGUUGACAAACGUUGACAUCCAAAACAUUAACGAAUUGGGCACUUUUCUGUAAUGAUUUCCUCAUUGUUAAACGGUGCCCCUCCUGUACAAAUUAGUUUACGUCUCACUUUCAGUAAACAAGCACUGAACUUUCAAACUUACCGGUGGGUUCUCAACCGUUGUUUCUGGUCCUACGCUACUUUUUAGAGCCGAGUAAAGGUCCUGCCAAAAAGCCCCAUCUGCCCGGCGCUGCCUGGCCAAUUGCGUUUUGAAAAUUUGCUUUCCCCUUUGGCCAAACUAUACCAAAAGAAGCUAUGACAUUUACAUGUCAAACGGAUGAGGGUUUUAUCUUGAAGUUAGAUCGUAAAAAUCGCCCAAGCCACCGACAGAUACCCCUUACUGGCUCUCAAAAGUCACGUGGGGUCCAUAAAGUUAGUUUUAUGGUUUUGGGGAGUUGACAAUAUAUAUUUCACAUUCUAGAAUGCAAGUGACGGUUUAACUGCUUCCGAGGGAUUCUAAAGGGUCAGUAGUUAGACAAGAGCUCUGUAGUAGGCCACUGCCAUGCCCUUGUCUGGUACACACAAUGUCAGCGCUCCGGUUCGAACCAUUUCAAUGCGGGAAAUGUAGCCCGUGGACUGUAUGAACGCACCAACUGCACAGUAAGUCCAAUUUUAAGGCUGAUUUGGCUGGUGGUUAGGCCUAGGGACAAGGGGGGAAGAAGAGGGGAGGCAUCGUGUGUAAUGACUGUAAUUUAUUUGACUCUCAACAGUGGUAUUAAUAUGGUGCUGAUUCUCUGGAACUUCAUAUAUUUCGGGUAUUUUAGUUAGGCCUAUCUGCUAUGUGUGGGGACAUGUGAUAUAGGCGUCAUAGAUACAUGUGUUUAUGUGUGCUUGUGAAUAUGCUUUAGUUGUGUAUUUGUGGAUGUAACUAUACAAACCUUGACCUCUGCCUCUGAGGGAAUUCAUGUAGACUCUACUGUUGAGGGAAGUUACUUAGACAUAUAUCCUGUCGUUUUUUAUUGUCAUUUUGCAUCUAUGAAAUAAAGUUUUGUUGUGGUAUACACUUUGA